AUGGAUUUCCUCGGCCAUCUGGCAGCUGUCCUCAUUUUCGGACUUGGCUUGCUAUUGGCAGAUGCCAGUACAGGUGUUAAUUCCUAUAAUGGAUACAUUGUAGAGCGAGAAUAUGAUAUCUGUCGCCCACUGACAAAUGUUACCAACCCAAACAGUAUUUACCUCCCAACUAUAGAGAGCUCCACCGAAGUUUUCCUUGACACAAGGAGUAUAGGAAGUCAGCGGGCUAACAUCAACUGCCUUUUGUACAUCAAAACAUGUGACGAUUGCCGCAUUGCAGUUGAGCAUGCUGGUUCUUUUGAUUAUCCUGCCUGCCCGAAGAGUAUCCCUCCAGAUGGUGAUACGAGUGAUGUCUGCAUUCCAGACUGUGCCUAUUUUUACCUCUUUGAUGCUGACUACAAGAGUCAAACCACAAAGGUAUUUUCCUCCAGUCCAGUUUCCUACAGAUCUGAAUCCAAACAGUUGCACAUCAUUGCAUGUGGCAUGAAUUACAACCAAACCAUCAAAAUGAGGCUUAAACUGACUGUUCAAGAAAAACUGACAAGGAUAACAUACUCUAGAGCAUCACCAUACCCACAGCAGUUUGGCUUUUCCAGCCCAUUUUUCCCCAGCCCCUUUGCCAAGAACAGGGAAGAGUAUACCUACAGACUGGAGUCCCGGGAGCCGAAUAUGAUUGCGGUGGUUUCAUUUGAUGAUUGGAUGCUCACUCCCACCUCAUAUCUUACGUUUUAUAGUGCCAUAGGUGAAACUAUGGUUAUGGGGAGCCAGGAUAGACCAUUAAUUAAGUCUACAGGCCCAAACCUGACUGUAAGCUUCUACACAGGAGAGCCCAUCAGUGGCCAAUCAAGUUUUCUUGGAUUCAAAGCAAAAGUUGCUUUCAUUUCCGGUUCUGUAAAUGUUAUCAAGCCAUCAACUGCUUGUGACCAGGACAUCUCUUCAGAAGGUGGAAUCAUUCGCUUGACCAUUCCUGAUGGUCAGUUAAAGGACUGUAUUUUUGUCAUACGCAAGAUUUCUAGAUUCGAUGGCGUCUACCUUCGGGUAUUAAAGACUCAGUCUGAUGGUCAGCAUGACAUGCUGGAGUACAAAUUCGACAUCUACAGUGGAAUCACAUCAAUGGGAGAGUGGAAAGGUCGAUUCCAACGCAACGAUCCAGUACAGAACAGCUCCGUGUUUGUGUCAAGUGAUGGCUUUUACAUUCGAUAUGUUGGCCAGUACUACGAUGGUAGUACCCAUCUGCUGGCAUAUGCAAUGUUUAAGGAUGGCUGUGAUGACUUUGGAGGCUACUUCAGAUGCAGAAAUGACCGGUGCAUUGCCUUGGCCUUGAAGUGUGAUGGUUGUGACCAUUGUGGAGAUGGUAGCGAUGAAUAUUCCAGCUUGUGUA